UAGUUAUUUUAUUAACCCUGGUAUACCUGGAGAACACAGCUGCAUGGGACUAUGAAUGCAACGUACCACUACUUGAUAGAGCUCAACUGAAGGCUACAUCAUUCCUGAAUGAACGAGGAGCCAAUAAUGCAAGACUCAAUGGUGGAUGCUAAGAAGUCCCCAGAUUUUGAAAAGGAAGCCUUGGUAGAAGCCCCAUGUAAAAUAGCUUAGAAAAUCUAGAUUUCUAGACCCAAAGUUACAGUGAAAGACUUUAUGAUCCUUUACGUUAUUAACUUUGCAAGAACUUAUAAAAACGAGAAUAAACUUGAAUAUAAAAAUGGCAAAAUCUGGUGUACGCUGGGCAUUUAAUUGGCAUCAAUGGAAUCCUAGCGAGGCGGAAUUUGCUAGAUCAAUAUCAUGUAUACAAGUAGAGGAAAAAGAAAGAAUAGGAAGAUUUGUAUUCAAAAAAGAUGCACGAGCAUCGCUAGUGGGUAGAUUACUGAUACGUAAAUUUUUAAAUGAGUAUGGGGGUAUACCCUAUGAUAAGAUUGAACUUUCCAGGGAUGAAAAGGGUCGACCUAAUUUGAAAGGUGGUAACAAAAGCUUAAACUUCAAUGUAUCUCAUCAGGGAAACUAUACCGUAUUUGCCGGUGAAGUUAGAAAUAACCUUUUGCUAGGAGUAGAUGUGAUGAAGCUUGAGUAUUCCGGUGGUAAAAAUCUAUCGGAAUAUUUCAGAAUUAUGAGUAAAAUUUUUUCACCCUCCGAGUGGGUAACAAUCAGAGGAAAUGAAUCUAUGUCCGAAUCUGAUAAGGUUGCUAUGUUCUGCAGACAUUGGUCUUUAAAAGAAAGCUACACAAAAGCAGUAGGUGAAGGAAUAACUAUAGAUCUUUCUAGGAUUGUGUUCAAAGUCAAUUCUGAUUUAGUAGCGGGCAGUUUAAUCAAAGAUACUGAGUUGUAUGUGGACGGUAUCAAACAAAGCUGGCUUUUUGAGGAAUCAUUGAUAGAUUCAAAUCAUUGCGUAGCAGUUGCUUUGCAGGAAAAUAAAUGUGCGCCAAAGUCAGACAAUAUCAAAUUUGAGGAAAUCAACUAUGAAAAACUGAUGGAAAAUUCAGUUUCCCUGCAUUCCGUAGAUAUUGAAUAUUGUAAAGAAUAUUUUUCCAAAUCUGAACAUGCUAAUAUUUCAUCAAAAAAAUAAUUUGAAUGACUUUAUCAGAGAAAUACACCAUCAUGAGGUUAAAAGGCAAAGGUUUGAUCUAUCUCACUAUCUCAGUAACAAUAUCUUUGCAUCAUAAUGAGCAAACAGAAUUGUACAGCAAAUAAUCAGCGGGUGAAUAAAUUAUCGAAAACAUGCA